UCUGGCAACACUGGUGGUGUUUUGUGGCAUGGUCGUAUGUAAAGUUGUUCUGUGCUUUUGACGUUAGCGCGACCUUCGGUUCGUUGUUGAACUGGUGUUGUGUUUAUUCUCAAGAACAAUGAAAAGACAGAGCUCAGGCAGUAGGACUUAUGCAAACGAGGAUGAGCCCUGCAACUGGAAAAAAUGGCGUGUAGAGAAAAAGCAGCAACUUCUCAAAUGGAGGGAGGAAAGACUCAUCAAAAAGCUCGAGAAGGACAAAGUGAAGGAAUCCGAAGAGCAGCUCACCUCGUCCAUGGAUUCUGAAUCGGAAGGCCGGAAGUACACCGUCAGCAUAGCAGUUCCGGGUUCCAUUAUGGACAAUGCUCAAAAUGCGGAAUUGCGUACUUACUUGGCAGGCCAGAUUGCAAGGGCUGCAGUCGUUUUUUGUGUGGAUGAAAUCGUUGUCUAUGACGACGAUGGCUCAACUACACGUGGUAAGAAUGGGGCUACUGUGGAUGGAGAAUUUGGUGGCCUUGCAAAGUCUGGUCAAGGGGUGGUGCAGUUGGCACGUGUGCUACAGUACCUCGAGUGCCCGCAGUACCUCCGCAAGCAUCUCUUUCCCCUGCAUCGCGACCUGCAGUUUGCAGGGUUGCUCAACCCACUGGACUGCCCACACCACCUGCGUGCCACUGAGGAGAGUCCAUACCGUGAAGGAAUUGUGGCACGGCUGCCUGUUAAAGAAGGUAGUGGGUCUUAUGUCAACUGUGGGCUUAACAAAGAGGUGAAGAUAGAUCGCUGUCUGCAACAAGGAGUACGAGUUACUGUGAAAAUGAAAAAAGGGGCCCCUGGCAAAAAGCUGCGAGGUGUUGCUGUGUCGCCAUCAUGUCCCCGAACAGAGGCAGGCCUCUACUGGGGCUAUGAAGUCAGAGUAGCCCGUAGCCUUGGUGCAGUCCUCGCUGAGUGCCCAUUCCCAGGAGGCUACGAUGUUACCGUGGGCACUUCAGAGCGAGGAACACCUGUAGAUGAGGUCCAGUUGCCCCAUCGAUUUGAACAUGCACUUCUUGUGUUUGGAGGUCUCAAGGGCCUGGAGGCAGCUCUUGAAGUAGAUGAAGCUCUGGAUGUUGAAGACCCUAAAUAUUUAUUCAACCACUACCUCAACACCUGCCCUAACCAGGGAUCGAGAACUAUCAGGACAGAGGAGGCCAUCCUCAUCUCACUAUCGGCUUUACGACCCAAGAUUGUGGCAGCACAGAGUAGUGACGGUGCUGUGGAUUCUUCCUGAGGCAACAGUCGUUUGGUGGUGCAUUUUCCAUAAUCUAGGCACGUGCAAAUUAUCUUCUGUUGAUGCGACGAAACUUGUUUCUGUCAAUCUUGUCAAAAAGCAGCAGCCCUGCUGCCCUCUCAAUGGUGUCUACAGGAACCUGAAAAAAUGGAUUAAAAAAUUGGAAUGCUUGCUUAUGUAGUGAAGGACCAUGAUUAAGAUCAGUCUCUAUACAUAUUUUUGUGCUGAUAAGGGGUUUUACGUGCCAAAACCACAAUCUGAUUAUGAGGCACGCCGUAGUGGGGGACUCCGGAAAUUUGGACCACCUGGGGUUCUUUAACGUGCACCUAAAUCUAAGUACACGGGUGUUUUUGCAUUUCGCCCCCAUCGAAAUGCGGCCGCCGUGGCCGGGAUUUGAUCCCGCGACCUCGUGCUCAGCAGCCCAACACCAUAGCCACUGAGCAACCACGGCGAGCGCUGAUAAGACUAAACAAAAGGGUUGUAAAUACACACCACAUAAUUUGUUAGUUAAAUGCUUACAGGCAACAUCUUGAUGUAAUGUUUGUAAAAAUCAUCCACACUGAUUCUUGCUUGUCUGCUAGAUAAUUAACACCCUAUCACAAAAAAUAAAGGCCAGUUCUCGGCUACAGCUGGUAGGCCUUUACUUACGGCAAUAGCAGUAACAGGGGUGGGACUCCUGCGCCAUUUUGAUCUAAACGCAAAUUUCUACGGCAAACUGCGCCAGAACGGCUUGCAUGUGUGCUCCGGCAGUAGCCGCAAACAGCGAGAAGUAUGUUCUCCGAAAAAGAGUGCAGCCGUUAACGUCCCCAUGCCGCGCCACGCGCCUCCUGCACAUUUUCUCGCAAUUUUCAUGCUUACAUCACUGGACUUUUCGGUGUUGUUGCUGCUGUCGGAAUGGCCAGGGUGGCUGCAUUUAGAGGGUACAGUCACUUAUAACGAUCCCAGAUAUAACAAUCUAUCAGUUAUAAUGUCCACAUUUCAGUGCACUUAAGAUUUUCUGACCCUCCCUAUGGAAACAGCUUCCAGAUACAACCAACAUUAAUUAUUUAAAUCGCCGUACUGAUACAACGAUCGCUUUGAACCCGGUCACGGUAAAAAGAGGGCACACAUGGAGUACCAAAGCAAGGAAGAGCGACCAAACUCGGCGCACGGCAGUGCGCAUCCCACUCCAGUCCAAUCGCGACGAUGAUACGGCCUUCGAGAUGAGCACGCGACCGCCUGACGCGGAUUUCGGAAGCCGUAAAGAAGGUUACGUGUGGUCAUAUGUUUUCAAGACACGCUUCCAUGGCAGAAACCUGCCGCGUAUAGCAUAGACAGCAUGGCAUGGGGCGUGUGCUGACGGGAUUUCGGAUGACAUGAUGGCGUCGCUCUCGUUUCUGCGCAAUUGUCCGUGCGGCACUAUGUGCAUUACACCUGUUUCAAUGAUUUGGAACGACCAUCUAUGUCGUAUCUUUCCACCAUAGGAACAGCGGCACUUCCUAUCGACAUGACCCGAGUCGGCGAGAACACUGCACCAUGCGCUGCUGCCACGCAACAUUGCAAAGGGUCGAAGGUUACUAUGCUGUUAUCAGGAGAUCACGGUUCGGCGGUGUUUCGUUUAUGUGCUGCUAACGGUUCCCGGUGAUGUUUUACCUUUCAAACAUUAAAUUUUUUUUCGCCCGUAAUGAGAUAACGUACAGUGUAGACCGCUUAAAACGUAAGUCGCCGGAGUCGCGAAUAUUCGC